AUGUUUUCUUCCUCUUUUCUACUUCUUUCUUUGUUUUCUUCUUCUUCUUCUUCUUCUUCUUCUUCUUCUUCUUCUUUAUCUUCUUCUUCUACUACUACUACUACUACUAAUACUACUACCACUUCUUUUUUCUUUAAAAAAAAAAACAACAUAAAACCGAUUUACCAUUUUUUUCUUUUCCUUCUCCGCACGCUUCUCUCCCUUUUACUCUUUAUUCAUCUUCUACUCACUUUUCUUCUCCUUUUCCUUCUCCUCUUCCUCUUUCUCUUCCCUCUCUUUCUCCUCUCCUUCUUUCUCUUUUUAUUUUCUGUUUUUCUCACCUCUUCCACUUCUUUUCUUUAUCUCCUCAUUCUCUUUCUCCUUUUCGCCUCCUCCUCCAUCCUUAUAUUUUCUCUACCUUCUUUUCUUAUUCCCGUUCAUCUUUCAUUCUUUUUCUUCUUGAUAUUAGCCUUUUAUUUCUUUUGUAUUUUUUAUACAUUAUUUUCAAGUUUGAUUUUAUUUUUUCUCUUUACUUUGCAUCCAUUUUUUUUACUUAUUGACGUUGGCUUUUCCUUAUUUAUAAAAAUCUUACCGACGCUGCACAUUUAUUUCUUUGUAAUUCUAUUACCUUCGUCUUUAGCCUCUUACAUCCGCGACUUGUCAGCGGCUAAUUGA